AUGGACAAGGUCUGUAGCAGAGUACGAGAACUCCUGUGUCCAAGAGAUGAGCUUAUGAAGAUUGCAACUACUAUUCGAAGUAUCAGUCGAGCAUUAAAUGAAAUCGAAGAAAAUAUACUUAUUUCAACUACGAUUAAUGAGACAUUACAUCGUUAUAUAGAUUUUGAAAUAGGACAUAUUCAAAGUGUACUGCCAACACGACAAUAUCAUGCACAUUUUUUUAAGAAUAAUAAUAUUAAUAAGACAUAUCUCAUUGAUUUAUUAUUAGAAGCACAUGAUGCAAUGAGUUUUUAUUACAAUUCAAUUGAAGAUAUAUUAAAAAUUCAAGAUGCAUUUGGAUUAUCAAGUAAUACAUGGUUUCGCCAAGUUAAAUUAGAUCUACAAAAUAAAGUUAUUUGUCCAUAUCGUAAUGUGCUAAACGUUUACUCAUCUCAAUGGCCCAUCAUUACCGAGAUCAAUCGAAUAAAAUUUUCCCCACAACAAUAUCGAAAUACACCAUCAAUUUUACAUGAUGUUCGUUCCAUAAUCAUCGUUCGAUUAUUGAGACAAUGGAUAACAGUAAUGCAUCCAGUGAUUAUUAAUAUCGAACGCAAGUUUCGUUAA